UCUCAAAUAUUUCUUCGUUCGAACGUCAGUGUGCUCCGCGUCUUCCGGGACUUAACGUCAGACAUCCAGGGAGCGGAGCAUGUGAUGGCGACGACUAUGGUGACCACAAACGGUGACGUCACAGUGCAUCAGGCGGACGUCAUCACAGAAGAAGAAGAGCAUUUUACAGGCUGGAAGAAACGCUGUGUGUACAUCCUGGUUGGGACAUCCACCAUCCUGGCCACAAUAAACCUGUCCCUCGCGCUAUGGAUUGUACGCGUACUAGAUUUAACAUCGGAUGGACCUGGUACUUUGGCGUUGUCAGCCAGAGGAAUACGGGCCCGAGGGAACGGAGAGCUCUGGGACAUUCUGCAGACGCAGAAGAUACAUCGGGACGGAAAGAGAGAAGGUCUGAGGUUCGAAUCUGCGAGGGACAUAAAAUUGCAAUCUGCCGAUGGACGAAGUCGAUACUACAACACCUUAGCGCUCGGCUCCGGUGUAUUGGAGUCCAGAGGAAGUCACUUUCUGGUGAGGAACUCAGUUGAUGGCGUCCUCUUCCGAAGUGAUCCCUCCGAAGUGCUGGUGGCGGCAGAUAAUCUGAGGAUAUCCACGAAAGCUGGGUUCCAGCUGGAUGGAUCCCUCCACGCCGAAGUCGUUCGCGGGUCGCCCACCAAAGCUUUCAGAGUUGAGUCACCAAUGAAAAGAAUCAGCAUCCACGGCGAAGAGGAAGUAGCUAUGUUGGCACGCACCGGUGACGGCUUAGUGAAGUCACUGCAAGAUAUCAAGUUGCACGGGCGCAAGGGAAAGAUCGAAGUCGACUCUCAUCGUCUGGAAUUCAAGAACCUGGAAGUGGCCGACGCGUCUUUUCCAGCCGACGAUGUCAGAGUGUAUCAAGUUUGUGCCUGUGACAACGGAAAGAUUUUUCUCACCCCAGCAGCCAGACUGUGCCGCGCAGUGGAACAACUUUGCAGGGACAGCACCGCUACUGGCCACGGGGUCAAAGUGCAACGAAAUUGAUUAGUCAAAAUCAGGACGCUUCAGGCUACAAGAAAUUCAACAUUCCUGCGACGACAGGCUCAGUGGACCAGAUGAUUCUACUGGAUACCACCUGCUGGUCACGUAACGCUGUAGUGGAUGAGGCAAUUAAAUGUAGAACAAACCCAACACAAGUCUCACAUAGUUGCCAUGCCCAGUUGCAUACUUCAAUUGAAUGAUGGCAGUUGAAGAAAGGAGUAUUCUUCAACUGCCACCAUCCAACAUGCCAGCCUGCAAUCGCUCUGGGUUUUUCACCAAUGUCUGCAAUUAUCGGGGUAUAGUUGGUAACAGUUCAUGAUGGAUAGAAUCAGCCAAAAUAACACAGGGACGAAGAGAAGGAAGUAGCUUACCCACAGUUGCUUCCAUGUACUCGCACGC